GAGCUUCAAGGUGUUCCGUUGGGUUGUGUUUUGGUUGGGAAAGAGGGCAGGGGUAAGCAAAUGAGGAGGAGAAAUAAUUGGAAGGAGGAAGAGGAGGAGGGGUUGAGUUUUCCUAAGGUGGAGCUGCAGCUUGUAUGAACUAUCCCUGGCAGAUUAAAACCCUGUGAUGGGGAAGGGCUUAAAGGCUGAGUCAAAAGGCAAGAAGUCUUUCUUAUUGGCGUCUAUCCCCUGGCCUCUGGCAAGCUGACUAACAACAAACCCAGCUAACGAGAAAGACCAGAGGGGAAGAGGAAGGCGGUCAUCGCUUGGGGCCGCUUGGAUCAUUUAAAAAAAGAGGAAAAAAAAGGCAGGAAAAAAAGCCCCCGCGCUCAGCUUCUAGGUCCUGCUGAGAGCCUGUUAGCAUUUUCUGCACCCCGAAAGCCCGCAAACGGUUAACUGGCAUGCAGAAAGUCAGCCGAGCUGGGAAGUCUGCUGUGCAUGUUAAUUGAGGCGAAGGGAUAACUGUUUACAGGAUGGUCUAGUGGCUGCCCUUCCUCCCCCCCAGUGCCUCUCGCUGGGAUGGUUGGCGUUGCCGCCUUUGGACCGAGGAUUUUCACUUCCCGGGACCAGAGCUACUACGCUUAGGAAGCAAAGGGAAGGGAAAGCAAAGUCCGCCUUUCUGGAGAAGGGGAAGGGAUUUCUGUCGGAACGGCUGAUCCUGUGCCAUAACCGACUUUGUCAGUGGGUGUAGCUGCUGUGCAGACGCUGUUGGAUUACCAUGAAGGUCUGGAUAAUCGCAUUAAGUUUAAUGGGGGUUGCUUGUGAUGUGCUAUAUUCUGAACUAGCAUCCUCUUCAACUAUUGGCUCUUGUGAAAACUUAUGUUUUUGUGAAGAAAAAGACAGCAUCUUAAUCAUAAACUGUGAAGAAAGAGGCAUCAAAGAGAUAUCUCGAGUACAUGUUCCACCAUCCCGGCCUUUCCAACUUAGUCUUUUAAACAACAGUUUGACUAUGCUACAGGUCAAUGAUUUUGCCAGCUUUAUCAAUGCUGUCACAUUGCAUCUUGGAUUUAACUAUAUUGUGGAUAUUGAACCAGGGGCAUUUAAUGGGCUAAGUCACCUUAAACAACUCCAUAUCAACCACAAUUAUUUAGAAAUACUUAAGGAAGACACUUUUCAUGGGCUAGAAAGCCUGGAAUUCCUUCAAGCAGACAACAAUUUCAUCACAAUAAUUGAACCAAGUGCCUUCAGCAAGCUCAACAGGCUUAAGGUGCUUAUUUUAAAUGACAAUGCCAUUGAAUUUCUUCCUCCCAACGUCUUUCGCUUUGUUCCAUUAACUCACCUGGAUCUUCGAGGGAACCAACUGCAAACAUUACCUUAUGUUGGUUUUUUAGAACACAUUGGCCGAAUUCUAGACCUCCAGCUAGAAGACAACAAAUGGAUCUGUAAUUGCGACCUACUGGAGUUAAAGAGUUGGUUAGAAAACAUGCCUCCUCAGUCCAUAAUAGGAGAUGUUGUGUGCCACAACCCUCCCAUUUUGAAAGGUAACAUACUAAGCAGAUUAAAAACAGAAUCGCUCUGUCCAACUCCACCCCCAAAUGACCUUGAUUCUCCAUCAGGGUCAUUGCCUUUGGUGAUUACAACAUCAAUAAGCGAUAGUCAUUCCUCAGCCAAAGUGAUACCUAUUUUUAAAACUCCCACAAAGGAAUCCAGUUUAACACCUCAUGUUACAAAACCAGCUACUCUGCUUCCUGGAGUAUAUUGUCCUAUACCUUGUCAGUGCACAAGCAAUAUCCUUUCAGGGAUAUUGAUGCAGUGUCAGGAACAAAAUAUUGAAAGCUUGUCAGAUUUAGGUUCUCCCCCUCCCAAUCCUAUAAAGUUGAUUCUUGCAGGAAAUAUAAUCCAAACAUUACUGAAAUCAGAUCUUGUGGGUUAUGACAGUCUAGAAAUGCUUCAUUUGGGAAACAAUCGUAUUGAAAUAUUAGAAGCAGGAUCCUUUAUAAAUCUCACUGAAUUGCAAAAAUUAUAUCUCAAUGGCAACCAUCUCACUAAACUAAGUCGAAAUUUGUUUUUAGGCCUGCAACGCCUUGAGUAUUUGUACCUUGAAUAUAAUGCCAUCAAGGAGAUUUUACCUGGUACUUUUAGUCCAAUGCCAAAACUUAAGGUCCUAUACCUAAAUAAUAAUCUCCUCCAAACUUUGCCAUCUCAUAUCUUUUCUGGAGUUCCACUAGCCAGGCUGAAUUUGAAAACCAACCAGUUUGCCCAAUUGCCCAUAAAAAAUGUCUUAGAUGAUCUAGAUCUACUAGUACAAAUUGAAUUGGAAGACAACCCCUGGGAUUGUACUUGUGAUUCUGUUGGGCUACAACAAUGGAUACAAAAACUGAAUAGGAAUACAAUGAUGGGAGAAAUUAUCUGUACUUCUCCAAGACAUCUAGCUAAAAAGGAACUGAAAUCUCUGAACAGUGAUAUGUUAUGUCCCACUUUAAUGAACAGUCCAGCUAUCCCAACUCAUCCUAGCUUCCUAAUCAUCACAACAUCACCAACUACCACCAGUACAGCAGAUACUAUUCUGAAAUCGCUCACCGAUGUUAUCCCUCUCUCUGUUUUAAUCCUGGGGCUCUUGGUUGUGUUUAUAACAAUGAUUUUUUGUGCAGCUGGCAUUGUUGUUCUUGUUCUACAUCGGCGGAGGCGGCACAAAAAGAAACAAAUGGAAGAGCAGGUACGGGACAACAAUCCAGUUCAGCUUCAAUACAGCAUGUAUGGUCAUAAAACCACACACCAUACCACUGAACGGCCAGCUUCAAUUUUGUAUGAACAGCGCAUGGUCAGUCCCAUAGUCCAAGUUUAUCAAAGCCCACCUUUCAACUCCAAAUUUGCAGAUCAUCGAGAUGAAAGGAAUGAUAAGGAGGGGAAUGAUUCCAAACACCUUCGGCGAAGUCUCUUAGAAAGGGAGCACUCCUCUCCUCUCACUGGUGGUCCAAAUGUCAAGUACAAGGCUACAGACCAAUCAGCUGAUUUUCUCUCCUUCCAGGAUGCAAGCUCGUUGUAUAGGAAUAUACUAGAGAAGGAGCGAGAACUCCAACAAUUGGGGAUAACGGAAUAUCUUCGGAAAAGCAUUGCUCAGCUACAUCCUGAGAUGGAAGUACAUUAUCCAAGAGCUCACGAAGAACUAAAGCUGAUGGAGACACUUAUGCUGUCCCGGCCGAGAAAGGUUUUACUAGAACAGACUAAAAAUGAAUAUUUUGAGCUCAAGGCCAACUUGCAUGCUGAACCUGACUACUUGGAGGUUUUGGAACAGCACACAUGAAACAAAACACCACCUUUGAAGGCUUUGAAUCAGAAACUCUUAGGUUUGUCUUACAUUUGGAACUUUGUAAAUAAAAGUGCCUUAUAAUAAUGUGUCACCAAUCAGAACUUUAAGCACAGCAGUAAUCUGAGUGAAAAGAAUCUCUCAGGGAUAACUGUGUGAAGCCAUGGGAAAGUUUUCAGACUAUGUAUCUCUUACCCCCAUAUUAAAUGUGAACUCUGUACAACUGGAUUCUGUGAAAAAAUUCAGUUUACUUGGCCAUAUUCCUCUAGGUGUGUACUGCAGUCCCUAAAGUUUCUUUUUUAAUUGUUGAUUUUGCUAAACAGACAUUUAAAGCAUUUGUUUUUCUCAGUUCCCUUCUUAUUUUUCCCAUGUAUGCAAUAUUUAAAUAAAAACCUACAAGGAUCUACUUAGCCAGCUACUAAAAAGUAGGGAACAUUAGUUAUGGAUGAGUCCAUGUAUAUGAACAAAUUGCACAUGGCAAUAAUACAUAAUAAUUAUAAAGGGAACUAUAUGUUUUUGUUUUAAAAGGAAAAAAAAAUCAUUUGUGAGCUUCCAAGGACUGCAGUAUUUAGGUACCUUUAAUUUGGAAUGUUGUUUAUAUAUUAAAAAAGGAGGAUGGAAAGGGAAAGUGGUAUAUUAGGCAGACAUUUAAAAGGUAUAAUGGAAACCUUUUGUUACUUUCCCUCUAUGGCAUUUUUAAUCACAUUUUCGGACAAUCUUCAAUAUAAUGCUGCUAUAGACUCCUGUGCAACAUUGGAUUGACACUUGUACUUGGGAAGUUUGAAACACUACUGAGAAUUUAAUGUAAAUAUAUUAGUAUAUUGAUGCACCCAAUUUUUAUUUUUAUUGUAUUUAUAUGAUUGGCUCCUAUGAUAAUUUUUGAUAACAUCACUUUGCUGUGGCCAGUAAAUUUCAGACUGCAAGUCAGACAAGAAAUAAGCCAUCAGAACUUGUUUCUGGAUGUAAACACACUGUCUUUGCCAUAAUGACAUGGCAAAAAGUCAUUUCUCAGCCCUUCCCCCCCCUGCCCCAAACAGGUCUGGUUUAAACAAGGUAGGCAUGUAAAAUAAAGAAAAGUCAUAAACCUGGGAAGGUGCAUUGAAAAUUAGUUAUUGAAAUCUUAUGGAUACAUCCUUAGCAUAUAUCAGAGAUAUGGUAUGUGCUUUUGCGACAUUUGUGUAGGUAUGCUAAUUUUGCAUACAUAGAUGUCAGUGGCUAACCAUGUAAAGGUUAGCAAGUCCCUUAGAUCUCCACAGCUUGGUGUGUGUAUAGAAUUGUGGUCAAGUUUAAAUGCAAUGGUGUUCUUUGUCAUAUUUGAUCUCACAUGUAAACACAGCUCACAUAUAAUGUGAUCUAAUCUACAAUCCUAACUUUGCUUCUGAGAAAAAA